AACACUUUAAAGCAGCAGCGCCAAAUUGUAAAGGAUAAAAUUAAGUUACCGAGUUAGACUGCGGUGUGUAUCAAUGGCCAGGCAAGCUUGUGGCCUCAAGAUUCUUGAAGAUAACCAUGUAUCUCCGCCGCCUGGCUCAGUUCCGACCACCACCGUGCCUCUCACCUUCUUUGACAUCCUCUGGCUUGGUUCCUUCCCCAUGCAACGCCUCUUUUUUUAUGAAUUCCCUUAUCCUACCUUGCAUUUCACCCAAACCAUUCUUCCUAAUCUCAAAACCUCCCUCUCCCACACCCUACAACAUUUCUUCCCUUUUGCUGGGAAUCUCGUGUUCCCUCCACGUCCUCAACAACCCUAUAUCCUCUACAAAGAGGGCGACUCUGUUAACUUUGUUGUUGCCGAAUCCAUGGUCAACUUCAACCAUCUUGUAGGCAACCACGCACGAACGAUCGGAGAAUUUCAACCGUUGCUAGUGACGAAGUUACCGCGGGUUACAGUGACGGAUGGAUGCAAAGAGCAGCAUGCCAUGGCAGUUAAAGUCACCGUGUUUCCGAACUCGGGCAUCUCCAUAGGUGUCACGUUCAGCCACAUAGUUGCAGAUGGCAGAGCAUUAGCGCAUUUCAUGCAAUCAUGGGCCUUGAUUUACAAGGCGAAAGGGGACCUGAUUUCUCUGAACGAUUCCCUUCCGAUCUACAAUAGGAAUUUGAUCGGAGACCCAGGUAGGCUGGCUACCACAUUGAUGAAGGAUGCCUGGGAUUGGGAGGAUUUGGGCAGCGUUCCCCAACAGAAACUUAGGAUUACCACUGUAAUUAGUGGACCCCAAAUUGAGAUACUGAAGAAUUGGGUCCGAAAAAAGAAUGCUACAGAGAAUCAACCGGAGCAACUAAGAAUAUCGACAUUCAUA